AUGGAUGCACAGUCACCGCCAAAAAGGAUGACACGCGCCCGGGCUGCGGCAAAGUCAACUGAGCCCGCCACAAAGCCUACCCGUGUCGUGACGGCUGCCGCCAAGGCCAAGACGGCCCGCAGCGCAUCCACCAUCACCACUGGCACCGCGAGAACGACCCUCAAGAGGAAGAGCCCGUCUGACGACGACGACAACCACGAGAUGCAGCCGGCCAGGAAGAUGACCGUUACAGACGCAAAACCUGCCCGGGGUCGUGGCCGGCCGAAGAAGGUUGUCGUCGAGGAUCCUGCACCAGAGUCGGAACAGGAACCAGCACCUGCAACAACCGCGAGGACGCGUGGGAGACCCAAGAAGGUCACGGAAGCCCCUGUCGAGGAGCCCGUGAAGGCUACCAAGGCAACCCGUACCAAGAAGGCCGCAGAGGACACCAAGACUCCCGUCACUGAACCCAUCAAGAAGACUACCCGUGGCCGACCGGCAGGCACAACAAUGACAACAACCACGAAGGCACCGGCAAAGUCAACUGUGAGGAAGACAGUCAAGUUUGAGGAACCGGAGAAGGAAAACAUGGUGCCGGCUACGGCCGCGACACGGAAGGCUUCAACCAAGGCCUCAGCGCCUGCGCCCACUGCUGGGCUGCGCGGAAAGCCGGUUCGUAAAGGAGCUUCUGCCACAGCCACCCGGGCCGCCCGCAGCACCCGAGGAACCGCCGGCUCCGACGAACCAAGUGACAAGACGGAGCAGCCGAUGCCGCUGAGCCCUAAGAAGGUCAACCAGUUGACGGUGAACCGCGUUGAAUCUGAUGAUGAACUCGGCAUGGACGAGAAGAUCCCGGUUCGGCGCUUCAAAAAGCUCCCCGUCAAGCUGUCCACUGGCAACGGCAAGCCGGCAAAGGCCCCGGCCCUCGUGCUGGGAGAGAAUGACGAAAAUGCGAUUGAGAUCAACCGGCCCGAAACGGAGGUCAACCAUAUGCUUGCCACCCCCGCCAAACGCAUGCCGGCGUCUCCCUGGAAGGGCAGCAUUCAAUCGCCAGCGAAGCGCGUCGAGGGUCUUCUCUUCACAUCAUCGGUGCCCCAGGUCGAUGGAAAGACACCACAGGUCCCGACAAAGACAGGGCUUCUUCAGUCCCCUGCGAAGAGGCAGCCGCUCAACUUGAACCCCCUUGGAUCCGACAUCGCUUGUGGGCCGAGUACGUCUCCGGUCAAGUUAUCCUUCCUCUCCUCACCGGCAAAACGACCACCAGUCUCUCCUAUCAAGGCCCUGCCUCGCCUCAUCGAAGAGGAGGGGCCCAUGAAUCAGACCCCUGCCCCCAAACCCACUCUCCUCGCCAGCCCGUUGCCCCGUGAAGCGCUUGACGACUCUGAGGAAGCACACGGCGCCACAGAGGACGCUGGUGACGAUGAAAUUAUGCCCGAUUCGCCCACGAGGCUCAGCUUUCCAGGCAGAUUAUCGGCUGUCCUACCACGGCAUGCAGACCCGACCUUGACACCAUCUGUGCCGGCAACGCCUGAAAUGGUGCCACAACUCGAUGUCCAAGAAGGUUCCGUUGAGGAUGCCGUUGAAGAUGCCGUUGAGGACGCCGUUGAGGACGCCGUCAAGGAAGAAAAUGAAUUCGAAGGCUCGGAAGAGCCUAUGGUUCUGGAUGACCCUCCGGUUGAGGUUCCGUCAGAGGUAUCUGCCAGGACCACUCCUCCGGCGUCUCCCAAGGCCGUCAACCCUAUGUUUGAGCUUCGAGAAAAGGACCUUCGUCCUUACGACUCAGAUUCUGAAGAGGAGUCCCCCGUGAAGCACGGCAAGCCCACUUCUCUCUUCAACGCUUUGCCGGCCACCCCGUGCCCCCCUUCGGGAAGGCAGUUCAAGUCAAUGCAGUCGGCAAGCCGGAGCACGUCCAAGAAAACUCAAGCGGAAGAUACGCUUGGAUUUACUCCUCUUGCACAGCAGCUUAGUGGGUGGGCGGCCGGCCCCAGCCCUCUGAAAACCGGCGUACAUUCCGCCUCACCGAUCGUCUUUGCGGCAGUCGAUAGCCAAAGACACGUCGCCUCCCCUGCGCGCACAGCGGGCUCUACUCCGACAGCGCAGAACACCUUUUUCGAAGAUGAAAUGCACAUUCGACCAGAAGCCGCGGAGAUCGAAGAGGAUGCUGCCACUGAAGUCGAGGACAACGACGAGGUGAUGCUGGAAGACGUUUCAUUCACCGAAGAGGACAUGGAACUCGCGGCCGAGGCAAAUGAGAUGUCGUUGGCGGAAAAGGAACAAACCAGUCACAGCAUCCAUGACCAAGACGAUUCGGUCUCGGAACCCAGUCAGGAGUAUGGCGACGAGAACGCCAUCCCCAUGGAGCCCACGCCUACCACAGGCAACUCCGUGUAUGCGCCGGCAAUCCCGCCCGUUACUCCCCAGCGCGUCAUUCGCCGCGAAGUCCACACCGUCGCAAAGGUGCCCCUUAAACCCGCAGAUGACUCCACGCCUCGCUCCAAGCCCGCGAACCGCCGCCACAGCGGUCUUCCCCCUACGAGACGGUCCGAGCGGAUAACUAGGAAUUCCGCAGCUUUUUCGUGCUCUGAGAACAAGGGGGCCGACGUUGUGCCAUUUGAGGAUGAGACCACGGAGCAGCCCGAGUCUGCUCCUAUAACACCUCAAAAGCCGGACAUCUGGUCCACGAUGGGCACUCCAGCGCGGACGCCCCGCCGAGAUCUCAACCCGGCGCUGCUCCGCGGCGCUGUGGUGUUUGUGGAUGUUCACACCAGCGAGAGCGCCGACGCCAGCAGUGUCUUUGUGGAUCUGUUGACGCAGAUGGGUGCUCGUUGCGUCAAAACGUGGUCGUGGAACCCCAAUAGCUCGUCAGAUGCCGGCGCGGAUUCGAGGGUGGGCAUCACCCAUGUGGUUUUCAAAGAUGGCGGCAAGCGCACGAUGGAGAAGGUGCGCGAGAGUCGCGGGUUGGUGCAGUGUGUGGGUGUCACCUGGGUCUUGGAUUGCGAGCGCGACAACCAGUGGCUCGAAGAAGCACCUUAUUAUAUCGACACUUCGUUCGUCCCACGCGGCGGCGCCCGCCGGCGCAAGAGCAUGGAGCCACGAGCGAUUUCGAACCUCAACGGCAAACCGCGCAACAGCCGCGGCUCGCAAGCUACACACCGCACGCCGGACAACAACCGCCGCGCCAGCGCCUUGUGGGUUCGGUCCCCCGAGAAAUCUCUCAGCAACGACGGCGAAGAUGGCAAUGCCGACGACGAGGACGAAGACACCGAGUGGGGUUCGCUCACCCCGGUGCCCAAGACCCCGGCUCCCGAGACCAUCGCGCGUUUCGCGGCCAACGUCAGCCCCGGCCCGGCCACUCCGUCCAGCGUGGGCAGUGUCGAUAGCGAUGACACAAUCGGCCUCGACGAUGAUGCUCGUGGACAGGAGAUGCUCAUGCGUACCUGCCCGCCCAAGCGCACCACCUUUGUGGAGCCGGGCCACGGUAUCCUAGGCAGGCCGAAGGACGAGAGCGUGCACAUGCGGCUGAUGGCUGCCCGCCGCAAGAGCUUGCAGUUUGCGCCCAAGGUGGGGAGCCCGCUGUCGAAGACGUGGAAGGCGUGGAACUAG